CAAAAAGUGAGCGAUUAAAAAAACGCUGCAAAAAAACAUUAUAUUCGAAUGUCGGAGCUUUUGGGACCUCCUCCGAUGGUGGAGCUGACGGGACCUGAGGUGACGAUGACAGAUGAAGAACUGGUGCUGUGCCCGCGAGUGUCCCGCGCCGAGCGAGCGUGUCGCGCUGCUGUGGCCCGCAACGCACAUCUAUUGGUGCUCGCUCCUGAUGCGUGCGCAAAGCAUGCUUUGGUAGAGUACGUCUUGAAGGAUACAAACUCCACUGUUGUGACAGUUGAGUGCACACCAAUCACAACCCCGUCAGAUAUCAUUGCGGAACUCAAAAGAAGGAACGUUCUACGGAGUGGUGCGUGCGCAUCGAACGACAAGGGCCGCAGUGCGGGCGCGGGCGGACGCGUCUCAUUGGUUGUUCGUUCACUACACCGCGCGCCGCUUGACCCGUGGGAUUCGUCGCACGUGCAGAGCUUCUUGUUGCAGUUGAUGGAAGCUCGUGGGUCGUGGUCACUAGAGGAGAGCGGGGCAGUGUGGUACAGCGCGGGCACGGUCAACGUUGUCGUGACAUCAGCGACAGGCGACCUCUGUCCCCGGCUGACUGCGAAGAUGACGCACGUGCGACUUACAGAGCCUGGUGAUGAAGAAAUAUUGGAACUAGUUAAAUUCUAUUUAAAUGAAAAUAUAAAUAGCAAAUUAUUGAAGAAGGAUGACCUAUCUAAAUUGGCUAAAGAUAUUUUAUCAAUGUUUAAAGAAAUAUUGGAGGCAUUCGAUGAUAGAAUACAUUACGUUUGGAACACCUCGCAUUUAAGAAAAAUGUGUGAGAAUAUAAAGUGGUAUAGCCCGACGAGCGUGGAACAAGUUGUCGCUGCCUUACACGCUCAAGCGAUGGUAACAUUUCGUAACCGCUUGGUAACAGACGAAGAGAAGGACAGAUACGAUGAUAUAGCCCGUAAAUAUUUGAAUAAUGACAAGCAGUUCUAUGUUCCCAAACUACGCGGCGAUACAACGGGCGUGUAUCUAGAAGCGACUGACUACGCCAAAUGGUAUCAAACUGUGCAGACUCUCAUCAACCAGGCGUACAGCGACAAUGAUAGAUUAUUUGGUGACAGCGGUGUGGAGGCAUGUAAGGAGCUCUCCGGUCUGUGUCCUGUGCAAGCGCUCGCGUUAAACGGCGGUAUCUGCGUGGUUGUGGGCGUGUCGGGGGCGGGGUCUGCUCUGUCCGCUCGACUCACGAGCGCUUCACUCUCCGCCCACUUCACGACGAACUUCAAACAGGCUUUAGCAUCUGCGAGCGAGGGAAACCGCACUUUGCUUCUGAUGACAGAGCGGCACUCGAAUGCCGCGAACCUGUCGCUGGUGGAAGCGUGCUGGCGCGCGAACAGUCUCCACGCGCUGCCGGCAUCCUUAGCACCUGCGGGUCACGACGCGCACCAGAGCCUCGCUAACAUCAAACAAAACCUGGGUAUAAUAAUAUGUUUGGACAAGAAUCAAGAGGACUUACCCGCUCUGCUUGGACAAUACCCGUUUCUUUACAACAGUUCCGACAUGAUAUGGCUCGACCAGUGGUCGGAGGAGACGAUGAGGGAAAUGCCCAGUUUGUUGAUUCAGAGGCUGAUGAAAGAUGAUGUCAUAGAUGCGUCACAAGGUCUAGAUUCGAUUCCUGUUGAAGGUUUUUGCAGUAUAUACAAUAGCUUGGAGGCGGAAUGGCUGAAGAGUCCUCGACGCUACGUACAGUUUAUCAAAUCUUUCUAUUAUAUUUUCACCUCGAAGAAAUCAGCUCUGGUUCUACGCAAGGAAAUGCUAUCGUCUGGUGUGGAUGCGUUGCGCUUGGCACGCGAAGAAGUGAGUAAGCUGCAAGCGCAAGCGAACGAGCAAGAAGCGGUGCUUAGCGAGAAGAGAGAAAAAGCGAAUAAAGCUCUUCAAGCGAUCGGUGCGACGGUGCGCGCGAACACUGACAGCCACGAGGAGAUGCGCCAGCUCAAAGCGAACAUCGAGCGCGAAAACGAAAAGUUGCAGAUACGUAAGAAAGAGAUAGAAGCUGAGCUGGCGUCAGUGGAACCCGUGGUGGCAGCCGCCAGAGCCGCCGUAGGAGAGAUCAAGCCGGAAUCGCUGAGCGAGGUCCGAUCGCUUCGAGCGCCGCCAGAGGUUGUUCGCGAUGUGCUGGAAGGUGUGUUACGGCUGAUGGGUAUCGCGGACACUUCCUGGCACUCGAUGAAGAGCUUCCUGUCUAAGCGAGGAGUCAAGGAGGACAUUCGGUGCCUGGACGCCAGUCAAAUAAGCAGUGAGUCUAUCAAGUCUGUGGAGCGUCUACUGGAGCGGCGCGGGGCCUCCUUCGAGGAGAGCACCGCGCGGCGAGCGAGUGCGGCGUGCGCCCCGCUGGCCGCCUGGGUGAGGGCCAACCUGCAGCACGCAGCCGCGCUGGCACGAGUGGAGCCGCUGCAGAGAGACCUGCGGGACCUUCACCGCAACCUGCAGCAGGCGGAGGCGCAGGUGGAGGCGCUGUCAGGCGGCCUGGUGGACGUGGAGCAGCGCGUGGCCAGCCUGCAGCAGCAGCUGGGGGAGCACACCGCGGACGCGGCGCGCACCGAGCUGCGGCUGGCGGCCAUCAGCGCCGACACGGAGCGGGCGGCCGCGCUGCUGCGGCGACUGCCGCGGGAGCGUACGCAGUGGGAGGCCGACGUGAGUCACCUGGCUUGA